UUUUUUGUCAAAGCAACAUUCAUUGCUAUCGGAUGUUAAGAGCAUUCCAUGGAAUAUAACAACAAGUGUAUCUCGAGCCGGUUUCUCAAACGUACCUACCCCACCUUUAAGUAGGCUACAACAUCCGAGUUACUUUUUUCCACCUCUGCGUAUUUACUGCAAUUCUGCGGUCUGCCAGCAGGCGGCGAUACCGUUUAUUCAUAGAAAAUACAUCAGCCGCCAUUUUCCCCUGAGCGGAAGGAGGAAGCGCAGAGGGAAAACAUUAAACUCUUGCAGUAAAAACCCUCCAUAAAUAUAUAAAUUCUGUGAUGGACGGCCCCGGGACGGAUAGCGACUGGAGGAGCCCUCAGUUCCGACAGAAAGUCGUUGCUCAGAUUGAAGAAGCUAUGAGGAAGGCAGGAACCGCACACACCAAAUCGAGCAAUGACAUGGAGAACCACGUCUACGUAAAAGCCAAAUCCAGAGAAGAGUAUUUAUCUCUGGUCGCGAGGCUGAUCAUACACUUCAGAGACAUUCACAAGAAGACCCUAGGAGGCCCGGAUCCCAUGAAUGCCCUGACUAACCUGACAGGGGUUGGAGGCCCGGGCGCCAUCAGCAUGGGGCCUCGCCCUGCUGGGGCUCCCGUUGUUGGCAUGGGGGCCAUGGGGCAGAUGCAGAUAGGCCAGCAUGCCAUGGCGGGGGUGGCUGGAAACCCACAAGCCAUCGGGGGUCCAGGACAGAUCCCCAUGCAACAGAUGGUACAGGCGCAGCAACAGCAGCAGCAGCAGUCCAUUCAGUUCCAGCAGUUCCAGCAGCAGCAGCAGCAACAGCAGCAGCAGCAGCAGCAGCAGCAGAACGCCUUGCAGCAGCAGCAGCAGCAGCAGCAGAACGCUGCCAUCCAGCAGCAGUUUCAGGUGCAGCAGCAGCUGAGAGUGCAGCAGAUGCAGCAGCAGCAGCAGCAGCAGCAGCACCACCAGAACCAGCAACUACAGCAGCAGCAGCAGCAGCAGCAGCACCAGAGCCAGCAGCAGCAGCAGGCCCAGAGCCAGCAGCAGCAGAACCAGAUGCACCAGACGAGGAUCCAGCAGCAGCAGCAGAUGGUGCAGCUCCAGCAGCUGCAGCUCCAGCAGCAGCAUGCCCAGGCUCAGGCCCAGGCCCAGGCCCAAGCUCAGGCCCAGUCCAUUCAGCACAUGGUCCAGCAGCAGCAGGUUCAGGCUCAGCCUCAGCCUCAGCCGGGGCAGAUGCCUCCACACGCACAGCAGCAGCAACAGCAGCAGCAGCAGCAGCAGCAGCAACAGCCCGGUAUGGUGCCUCAGUCUCUGGCCGGACAGAUGACUUCCGCUCAGCACGUUCCCAUCAGCUCGCUCAGUCAGCAGCAGCAGCAGCAGCAGCACCAGCUAAAGAUCCAGGCCUUCCAGGCCCGUGCAGCCUUGCAGCAGCAGCAGGUCCAGCAGCAGCAGCAGGCAGCUCAGCAGGCAGCACAGCAGGCUGCCGCGCAGGCGCAGAUCAACGCAGCCGCUGCAGCUGCUGCCGCCGCCCCGGGACAGUUGGUUCGUCCAGGGAUGAUUCCAGCCCGGAUGCCUCGAGCCCUGAAUCCCUCUAUCCCGCCUCCAAACGCUGCAGCUGCCGCCGCGGCUGCAGCUGCCGCAGCUGCCGCCGCUGCUGCUGCCGCUGUGGGAGGACAGCCUAUGACACAGCAGGUACAGCAGCACUCGAUGAUGUCAUCGCCCUCACCUGUGCAGUGCAGACGCCACAGUCGAUGCCCCCCCCCUCCCCAGCCGUCACCUCAGCCCCCCAGCUCACAGCCUAACUCAGCCAGCUCCGGCCCCACACCGUCGCCGGGGGGGUUCCAGCCCAGCCCGUCCCCUCAGCCCUCACAGAGCCCCGCCAACGCCCGGACCCCCCAGAACUACGGAGUCCCCUCACCUGGGCCCCUAAAUACUCCAGGUAACCCCAGCUCAGUGAUGAGUCCGGCGGGAGCCACGUCGCUGGAGGACCAGCAGUACAUGGAGAAACUCAAACAGCUCUCCAAAUACAUCGAGCCGCUGCGCAGGAUGAUCAACAAGAUCGACAAAAAUGAAGACAGAAAGAAGGACCUCAGUAAGAUGAAGAGUCUGUUGAACAUCCUGACGGAUCCAAACACCAGGUGUCCUCUGAAGACGCUACAGAAGUGUGAAAUCGCUCUAGAGAAGCUGAAGAACGACAUGGCCGUGCCAACCCCCCCACCCCCCCCGGUGCCCACCAAGCAGCAGUACCUGUGUCAGCCGCUGCUGGACGCCGUCAUGGCCAACAUCCGCUCGCCGGUCUUCAACCACUCGCUGUACCGAACCUUCGCCCCCGCCAUGACCGCCAUCCACGGCCCCCCCAUCACGGGUCCCAACGUGACAGGCAGGAAGAGGAAGCACGAGGAGGACGAGCGGCAGACCAUCCCCAACAUCCUGCAGGGGGAGGUGGCCCGGCUCGACGUCAAGUUCCUCGUCAACCUGGAUCCCGCCUUCUGCAGCAACAACGGCACCGUGCACCUCGUCUGCAAACUGGAUGAUAAAAACCUUCCCAGCGUUCCUCCUCUGCAGCUCAGCGUUCCUGCAGAUUAUCCCGACCAGAGUCCAUACUGGGCCGACGACGGGGACCGUUACGACGCCAACAACUUCCUGAAGACGGUGCACAGAAACAUGACGUCCAAACUGCUGCAGCUCCCCGACAAACACUCUGUGACGGAGCUGCUGAACACCUGGGCGCAGAGCGUCCGGCAGGCCUGCCUGUCUGCCGCCUGAAGCCCCGCCCACUUCUGUCUGAAGCCCUGCCCACCAUUGCCUGAUGCCCCACCCAUCACCUGACCCAACCUGCAGACACCUCGUCCUCUCUGUGUUCACACCAACCAUUGCAUCAUUUCCGCUAACUUGCUUUCCUGAGUUACUCCAUCAUGAUGGCUAUUUGUAAAGAAUCUGACUCAAUGCAGGACCAAACUGCUUUUGAAAUGCUUGUCUUUCUCAAUGGAGUUUGAUCGUGGCUAUGCUAACACGUUAGCUGCCUAAAAUAACCUCUAAAUACGGCAGCGAUGUUAUUGUUUAUACAUAGAGAUAUUAGGCGUGCCGAAGUAUUUACCCGGUGUUUCAUGGACAAACAGCAAUUACAUUACUCAGGAAUAAAACCCAUUUGGUGAAUAAUCGCUGAGGAGUUCAAGGCCCACGUGAAUAACCAAAACACUGAACUUUGUAAAGCGUCAGGGCUACAGUAAAGAGAAAAUCAGGGAGAGUUUACUGACAAGACCAUGUCUAGGUUUAACCAAAUGCUAAAAGAGAAGCUGAUAAAGUCAGUCAAAUGUUAGUAUUUUCUUGUGUGGAGGACGUGCAAGGUAAAAAAUAUAUAUUUUUCUUGCUAAAUGUCUACUGUAAGUUAUCCGGUGGCCAAUGUUCCUCACCCUGGCAUCCCUUAAAUAUAUUUCUAUGUAUAAUGUGCAUCUCUAAAAUGAUAUAAACUCCACCGCAUUUAACAAUGACAAUAAUCUUUCCUUUAUUUCUAAUUUAACGUCACGCAUCGAAUAGGGAGACGCAUUGCAUUGACGUUGAUCGGGGAAAAAACAUUUAAUUUAUAAAGCACUUUUCAAGAACCCAAAUAAAGUAUACAAUAACAAACAUUUCAUAAAAGCAAACAAAAACAAGAUUCAUUGAUUAGUUUAAGAAAAUAGUCAUUAUGAACCAGAAAGCAGUGUAAUCUGGUUUGGUGUGGACACAGCGUGAGCCCCCCCCCCCCCCCAUACACUACAGAACCUGCAGGACUUUUCCUCGUCAUACAUGUGCAGCUGUCCCAUGAACGCCCCGUGACUGAUAUCUUGUAUUCUGACCCCGACAUUUCUCCUGAUACAUUCUGGGUAAAUUCAGACGUUUGCUCGCCUGCAGAAAGGACUUCUUCCACGCUGCAUUCAGAAGUCCCAUAGACAGAGAGCAGAUUUUAGCAGCUUGUAUAUAACAUGAACACAAAAAGGGAAAAAAACAGUAACCGGACCGCCUGAAAGGUCAUUUAUCCCGAUCUAUAUUCUGCUCCCUGAAUGCAUCACAUUGCUUCUGUUUAUUCUGUUUCCUGUUUGAGAUGUCAUUUCAGUUUUGUACCACAGAAGAGCGCUGUUGUAAAGAAAAAACUCUACUUUGCUUUUCAAAUGAAAAUAUAAACAUAUUUUUUUGCUAUCAUGAAUAAAAACUUUUCUGUUCAACUUUUUAAA